UCUACCAAUGACUGGAGAGUGGGGGUAUAGGGAGUGUUGCUUCUACAUUCAUUCAAAAAGAGAAGAUACCAGAGGAGACCUUCAGGGUUGCUGGCCAGUUGCUGAAAGAUGAUCUCCAAGUAUGCUCUGCUUGGGAUAUUGUACUUUGUCCAAGGCAUACCCUAUGGGCUCCAGUCUGGACUGCUGCCUAUCUACUUCCGAACACUGGGCCUCUCCUUUACCAAGAUCAGCCUGUCUAAGGUGCUUUAUGUGCCCUGGAUUCUCAAGAUGUUAUGGGCACUCCUGGUGGACCAAUAUUUCACCAAGAAGACCUGGCUGCUGCUCACCAUGUGGGGCUUUGUGCUGGUCUGCCUGGCUUGCUCUCUCAUGGCCCCAGAGGCAGACUUCCUCCCGGUGGCCAUUGGCCUCCUGCUCAUGAACUUCUUUGCCUCCAUCCAGGACGUUGCAGUAGAUGGGGUGGCUGUCCAGCUGCUGGGGCAGGAUGAGGUGGGGUACGGUAACACCAUCCAGGUAGUGGCCUACAAACUGGGCUCUGUUGUAGCAGGAGGCGGCCUGAUCACUUUCCUCCAUCACGUGGGCUGGGGAACCCUCUUUGUGUUCCUGGCCAUCAUUUACACCGUAGCCAUUGGGUUCAUCUGGAAUGCUGAACUGAGACAGAGACUGAAGCCUUCUCAACAGGGUCGUGUCAGGUACAGGACCUUAAACCCCUGGCACAUCCUCCAAGAGCUUCUUCAGGUGCCAGACACUCUUUGGACGGCUGGUUUUGUUCUCCUCUAUAAGUUGGGUGAGCAAGGGGCCAUCUCCAUGUUCCCCCUCUUCCUAUUGGACCAUAACUUCUUUCCCCUGGAUCUUGGCUUCUGGAAUGGGAUUGUGGCCAUGACCUUCUCCAUUACAGGCUCCUCGCUGGGGGGCUAUCUGAUGUCACAACAGAGAAAUGCCUUCUCUCUGCUGAAGGCCUUGCUGAUGUUCCGCUUCUUCAGCCUGGUCUUCCAGACACUCCUGAUAGUUGCCUAUCAAGACAAAGCUCCUGGCUUUGAAGGGGCGGCUGUGCUGAGUAUCUGCAUCCAGCACUUCAUCGCGGGCCUGAUAACCACCAUGACAUUCAGCAUGAUGAUGCACUGCACGCAAAAGGCAAAGGAAAGCAUACAGGCCACUCACUACAGCCUGCUGGCCACCCUGGAGAUCUUGGGCAAGCUGGUGUUGAGCAGCCUGGCGGGCAGCAUCGUGGACUGGCUGGGCUUCACUUGGGCCUUUGGCAUCUUCCUUGCCCUCUCCUGCACCUCCGUGGUCUACAUACUGCCAGUCUGAAGAUGACAGCUGCCGCUGGGGGGGAAGAGGGAGGAGGAGGACAACAUGAUGGGCAGCAAGGGCAGCAGCAUCAGGAGAGGGGCUCCCGUGGGGCCUUUCCAGCUGUGCAGCCCUGGAACCCAAGCACUCGGGUUAUGAGGGGGAUGGUGUCAACUCGGGCAAGGGCCUCCCUCAAAGCGCCUGCCUCACGAACUCUCCUCCUUGGCUGUGGUCCUUGCCGGGAGAACUCCAGGCUAAACACGCUAACUGGACCCUCACAAGAAGUGUGGUUAGGUUGAACUGCAAGGGCCCUUAGGGCCCCCAUGUGCGCGUUCGCUCAUUCUCUGCUACUGUACGACAGAGUGGUUGCACCACAUCGCGUUACCUGCCCUGACAACCUGGGGGAGAGCAAAUAAAUCAAAGUUUUUCAAAAAGGGCAGUUGGACUUCCUUCU